AAAUGUUGAUGCAAGCAUUUGUUCUGCCAAUAAUGUUCUGUUUGUUACUGUUGGUAUUCGAAGGAACGGUACAGUUACUCCAGCUGUUCCAUCUGACGAUAGAUUCUGCGGGUAAAUUUCAACCCGAAACCGUCGUACUGGAAUCCGCAAGUUACGCCAUUUGGCUGUGGCCACUCAUAAUUAAAGUAUGCGUUACGAUGGCUCUAGCGAAUGACAUCAGUAGGAAGGCAAAUGAAACAGCUCUCUGUACAAGACACUUCGACGAUUACACAAUGAAGAACACGAAGGUUGCGAAGCAGAUUAACAAAUUUUUGCUAAAAAAUUUACAUCAAAAGAAAAAGUUUUCGGCUUACGGUUUUUUCGACAUAGACAACAGCGUUAUUUAUACGGUGUUCAGCUCCAUCAUCACCUAUCUUGUUAUACUGAUACAAUUCAAGCAACUCGAGAAUGAUUUGACUCAAAAUGACCGAAACAGAACCGUAACAGGUGGCACCUAGAGGGGAAAAGAGAGAACCGGAUUGAUAUCCAUUCACAUCUACUAAAAGUCAUAUCUGUAAUUCAAGUGGCGAUUUCGCAACAAAAAAAACGAACACGCUGU